AUGUCUUCGGCUAAAAUUCGCGACUCCGCGCUAAAUGCUAUCAAACGCUAUUUGCAAUCUAGCAAAGUGGAUGCUCUGUCGGUGGACACUGAGGUAAUAACUACUUACCUCCAAUUGUUGGAGGAGCAAUGGAUUCGGUUUGGCGUAGCACAACAAGAGGUGGAACUUACAUGUGGUGACGAGAACGUUUCUAUGGAGGAGCAGGCACGCAUACAAGGUGAGGAGUGGUACAGCACCGCUAAAGCUAACUUGAAACGCCUGUGCGUAACUCAAAGGCAGCAGACAUUGCAAACUACCGUUCCUGACACAACUGCUCCUGUACCGCUUCCAAAGCUACAGUUGCCGUCAUUUAGUGGUGAUCCCACUCAAUGGCUUCCUUUUCAUGAUGCUUUUUGCUCACUCAUUCAUACGAAUGUCAAUUUGUCGGACGGACAAAAAUUACACUAUUUACGAAACUGUUUGAGUGGGGAAGCAUUCGAUUUGGUGAGUAGCUUAGCAGUAUGUGAUAGCAAUUACGCUGAAGCUUGGGACUUAUUGACCGCGAGGUAUAAGGUCAUGCGUGUCAUGGUGGACAGCCACAUCAAAGCACUCAUGGCAAUUGGAAAUGCAGCCAAGGAUACUGCUAAGGGAAUAAAGCAAGUGCUUAAUUCCAUACUUCAACACGUUGGCGCUCUACGUGCACUCCAACGACCAGUCGAAUUCUGGGAUGACUGGCUCGUUCACUUAACCGUUUCAAAGUUAGCACACGAAACCCGCAAGCAAUGGGAGUUAUCGCUCGUCAUGGAUGAUCUACCAUCUUUCUCCGUUCUUCGAGAAUUUCUUGAAAACCGCGCACGCUCACUGGAGAUGGUACCAUUACUCAACACUACCGCAAAGACAACAACAACAACAAAGAAUGUUUUCCAUACGGCAUUUACAGAGCCAGAAGUAAAUAUCGCUACAUCAACCGCUACUAAGGGCCCGCAUUGUUCUUAUUGCAAUCGUGAUCAUAAAAUCUACGUCUGCUCACAGUUCAGCCAACUCGACUCCAAGGAUAAACUAACUGCUAUUAAGAAAUUAGGUGCAUGUAUAAAUUGUCUCAGCAAAGGGCAUAUCCUCGCUAACUGUCACAGCACAUCGUCGUGUCGUAUAUGCCAACGACGUCAUCAUACCUUACUUCACGAAAACUUUACCAAUCAACCGGCAACGCUCAAUGCUCUUUCAAAUGAACAACGUUUAAAUGUAACCGCACACUACGCCGCUAAUCGCGUCAUUCUACUAGCAACCGCUGAAAUUAUGGUACAAGACUAUACCGGUCGUUGGCAACCCGCUCGCGCACUUCUUGACAACGGUUCACAUGCCUCAUUCGUCACCGAGGCGUGUGUACAACGCCUUCGUCUUCCCAGAACGCUGUCAUCCGUUCACGUCACUGGGAUCGGGUCACUACAAGGAGGCCGCGCAAAGGGAGAAGUUACACUCUCCAUAUCAACACGAACGCUUGAUACUAAAUUUCAAGUAAGUACGCUCAUCUUACCGAAAAUUACUAACGAUCUUCCAACCUCCGCUUUACCGACGACUUCUUGGCCGCAUCUUACGGAUUUGCCACUAGCCGACCGCUAUUAUUCCCAGCCCGGACCAAUAGACAUUUUAAUUGGAAUGGAUGAGAUGGACAAGUUUCUACUACACGGACUCCGUAAGGGUGAACGGGGUACACCAAUGGCACAAAAUACUGUAUUCGGAUGGGUACUGUCUGGCAACGCUGCCAAUUUACAAAGCCCACCGGUGAACAUUUCGACUCUAUAUUCCGACCUUCAUUUGACUCAACUCAUCCACAAGUUUUGGGAGCUCGAAGAACUACCCGCCCGCAAAUUCCUCUCACCUGAAGAAUCUAUGUGUGAGAAACUAUACGACGAUACGACCGAACGUGCAUCGGAUGGUCGCUACAUCGUGCGUUUACCUUUGAAGAAAAACGUAUUGAUUGGUGAAUCAAGAGAAGCAGCUAUUCGAGCAUUACUCCGCAUGGAAAGAAGGUUUACAGCUAACGAACAACUUCGCAAAGAGUAUACUAUGUUUAUGGAUGAACUCACCUCUAUGGGACACAUGGAACCAGCUGAGACGACAACAGAUAAACUGUACUAUAUGCCACAUCAUGCGGUGGUAAAGACCACAAGUCAAACAACAAAACUUCGAGUCGUUUUCAACGCAUCUAUGAAGUCAACCUCUGGGAAUUCUUUAAACGAUGCCCUCAUGUUAGGCCCACAGCUGCAACAAGAUCUAUUUUCCAUUUUGGUUCGCUUUCGCACUCACCGUUUCGGAAUAAUAGCCGAUAUCGAAAAGAUGUACCGCCAAGUUUAUGUCGCUAAAGAGGACACAGAUUAUCAACGCAUAGUUUGGCGUUCGAAUCCAGCAGAUCCAGUUCGUGAUUAUCGUCUUUUAAGGGUCACGUAUGGAGUCGCCUCAGCAUCACAUCUUGCUGUUAAGUCACUACAUCGAGCCGCACUUAACGCGUCAAACGCAAGCAAGGAUGUCAUUGAAGUUAUAAUGUCGGACUUUUAUAUGGAUGACUUACUAUCUGGUGCUGAUACAUUUGAUGAACUCGCUUUACUUCAAAAAAACGUCUCCCAUGCGCUCUCUGAAAGUGGGUUCGAGCUACGCAAAUGGGGUACUAAUUCUCAAAUGCUUAGAGAUAUGAUACCACACGCAUCUAAACAAAUUUCGCAUCUCUUAGCCGAUGGAGACCAAAUCCGCACUCUUGGUACCAUAUGGCACACCAACAACGAUUGGCUUUCUAUAGCAGUGAGUUUUAGCGACCUGCCUCCUAAACUUACAAAACGAACGUUUCUCUCCGACUCAAGUAAGGUAUUCGAUCCACUAGGUUUGAUCGCGCCUUGUACAAUCCGCUCUAAGAUUUGGCUACAGAAACUUUGGCGCUCAAAUGUGGAUUGGGAUGAACCAGUUCCUUCAGAAAUUGCGAGAGACUGGUUGGCACAUCGUCGUGAAUUACAGCAACUAUCGGCAUUAAAACUAAGCCGCUGGUUAGGAACUAGCAAAACUUCUGACUCUCAGUAUCACAUUUUUACCGACGCAUCAGAAGUCGCAUACGCAGCCGCACUUUACUGUCGCACACAAUUUCCGGACGGAACGAUUAAGGUCGUACUAGUAGCAGCGAAAACAAGAGUAGCGCCUCUGAAAACUAUUUCGUUACCACGACUCGAGCUUUGCGCAGCUCAUUUGGGAGCAAAGCUGGUGAAGCAAGUUCAAUCGAAUCUGAACCACACUUUCUCAAAAUUAUACGCAUGGACGGACUCAAUGAUUACCUUAGCGUGGUUACAAGGCAACCCUAGCCGUUGGUCAGUAUUCGUGGCCAAUCGCGUCGCUGCAGUACAAGAUAUUCUACCAGCAACCCACUGGAGGCACGUUGCGUCAGAGCACAAUCCCGCCGAUUGCGCUUCAAGGGGCAUAUUACCAUCGCAGCUUCUCAAACAUCAACUUUGGUGGCAUGGUCCGCAAUGGCUACACGAGAACAACAGUAACUGGCCGAUUUCCGCAGAAUCACACACUACAGAUCUCGAGCUAAAAUCUAGCAAGGCUGUAACACUGCUAACGCAAACUACUGAUGUUUGGGAUUUUUUGACGAAGUAUCAUUCAUUCAGCAAACUUAAACGCAUCACCGCUUAUUUAUUACGCUUCAUCAAUAACGCAAGGGCUAGCGCCGGGAUACGAAAAACCGGCGGCUUGUCUUGCGUUGAAAUUCAAAACGCUGAAAUAGCAUUGAGAAAAUAA